CAAGUGACGGGCAGAAGUUUUGGUGAGAAAGAUUUUCGUUCCGGAUUAGAAAACGGCAUUCUUCUGUGUGAGUUGCUGAAUGCGAUAAAGCCAGGAUUGGUAAAAAAGAUCAACAGACUGCCGACCCCCAUUGCAGGUUUGGAUAAUAUCAUAUUAUUCUUAAGAGGCUGCAAAGAACUGGGACUUAAAGAAUCUCAGCUUUUUGAUCCUGGUGAUCUGCAGGACACAUCAAACAGAGUAACCAUCAAGAACAUUGACUAUAGUAGGAAGCUGAAAAAUGUAUUAGUCACCAUUUAUUGGCUAGGGAAAGCAGCAAACAGCUGCACGUCAUAUAGUGGAUCAACCCUGAACCUGAAGGAGUUUGAAGGCUUCCUGGCACAAAUGAGAAAGGAAACAGAGGAUAUUGAGAGCCCCAAGCGCAGCAUUCGUGACAGCGGCUACAUAGACUGCUGGGACUCUGAGCGCAGUGAUUCCCUCUCCCCGCCUCGCCACGGCAGAGAUGAUUCCUUUGACAGUCUGGACUCCUUUGGCUCCCGCUCGCAGCAGACACCAUCUCCAGAUGUAGUGCUCAGAGGCAGUAGUGAUGGGAGAGGAAGUGACUCGGAAACUGACCUGCCACACAGAAAGAUGCCAGAUGUGAAAAAAGAUGAUAUGUUGGCGAGGCGGACCUCCCACGGUGAACCUAAAUCAGCUGUGCCUUUUAACCAGUACCUCCCAAACAAGAGUAAUCAGACUUUCUAUGUACCUGCUCCGCUUCGGAAAAAGAAAGCUGAACGAGAGGAGUACCGAAAGAGCUGGAGCACAGCCACUUCACCACUAGGAGACAGACCUUUCAGCAAACCCCACCCUGAAACCAUAGAAGAAGAGCUGAAUGAAGCAUCAGGACUGUGUGAAAAGGAGAAAGUGGGCUCCAUGGCUCCUGAAGCAAGCUCCCUUAAAGAUCAAUUAGGUAUGAAUCAAAGUGAAGAAAACUCCAUAGACCAGUCUCCUUCAUGUAGUGCAAAAGAAACAUCAGCGCCCAAGGGGAAAGAUGUGGAAGAGAUAAAAAAGUUAAGAAGACUUGAACAAGCUGGUAUUAAGGUCAUGUCAGCAGCCCAGCGCUAUGGCAGUAAAAAGCCAAUAUGUGAAGACAACGGAAGCGUUCCAGACAUCAUCCUUCGCAAGGACAACCCAUUCAUGACACAUUAUCAAGGAAAGGAUUCUGGUUCAGAAGAUGAAGCAGCCAGCAGAGUUCCUGAUUUAGAAAAGGAUGACUUUGCCACCAGGAGAGCCAGAAUGAAUCAACCCAAACACAUAGUUCCAUUUAACUCCUUUUUAGUUGGACCCUAUACAAGUAAAGAGAAAGGUAAACUGGAAGAUGUUAAAAAGCCAUUGCAGAUGGAAAAAAAGGAACAUGCAAGAAGAAGACGGGUGCACAUGGCAUCAGUAAGGCAAGUAGUUACAAGCGAAGAGAACCCACUUCUGCAAAAUGAGAAGACUGAGUCAGAGGAGGAGCAGCAGGUGAAAGAGCUUGAUAAUGAAAGAGAUGAUUUGGUGAAACAGAAAUCUCAAAGGGUUCUUCCUCAGCUACAGGAAGAUGUCCUUUGUGUCAAUGCUUCUGUAACAAAAGCAGAUCUGGAGACCUGGAAAAGAUUGAAACUGUCAGGGGAGCCCAGUGAAGAAGAUUUCAGAUGUUCCAGCAACACCCUGUCACCAACUGAUACCACAGUGAAAGCGGCAGCACAAGAUGAUUUUGCUGUCCGCAAAACCAGAGCAAACAAAAAGACUGGUAGCCCCAAGCAGAAGUUUGUGCAUUUUGGGCCAGUAACUGAGAUUGAUCAACAGAAAUGGGACAAGCUUGUUAUUGGCAGAGCUUCUUCCAAGAGUGGAACAGAAGAGGAAAGCAAGAAAGACGGUGUGGAAAGUCUCUCUGGUGUUGAAAGCUCUCCUUCAACCACUGCUGUCAGUCUCAGGUUUGCUGAACACAGCAGUGAAGUAUCUGAGCCAGAAAAUGAGUCCAGUGAGGGCGGAGUCAGGUCAGGUACAGAUGACUCUUGCAAGAGAAUUCCAUCACCUGUACCGGCUUCUGAUGUCAUCUCUGAAAAACAAACCCCAUGGAGUCUGAGCAAACAGCAAGAAAGCACCAAGGAAGAAUGUGACAGGAAGUUACCAGAUAUUGAGAGAGAUGAUAUGUUGGUUAGAAGGAUGGGAACUUUUUCGAGGCGUGCCACAAGCUCCAUUCCCAUAAAUUGUCCUCCCCUGUCAGUAGCUCCUUAUCUGUUGCAGCAGCAGAAAGAGGAGGUUGUAACUCGUGAAAAGGAUUUGAAGACUCUGCAGGAAGGAGAAAGUACUAUCAGACAAGAAGAGAGCCAAGAGCAGCUUCAAAUCCCUCAGCUGCAGAAUGAUGGAACGGAAAACAACAUGAAAUUCCCAGACCCACAAAGAGAUGACAUGCUAGCCAGAAGAACUGGAGCUUUUCUUAAACAGCCUGAGCCCAGUGUUAAUCAGUUCCUUCCCAUGCCAUUUUCAAAGCAGCAGAAUAAGCAGGGCACAGCUACAGAACUUGAGAAGAAAGCCACGAGGCCUGAAAAAUGUCCACAAGUCUACACUAAUAGCUCUGGAAAACCUGCAGUAGAACCACCACAAGAGCAGCAGCAAGGGCAGGAGGACAGUCUCCCACGUACAGGACAAGAUGAGAUUAUUAGUACUGCUCAAGUGGCUGAAGAUGGCCACAAUGAAGUCCAGCUUGGUCAAACAUCUAAGCUUCAGGAAGUUCCUGAGGAAAAAAAAAUGGAAGCACUUUCAUCCAAGGAUGAGCAUCUGCAAACAUUCGGCCCCAGAACUGCUGUGUCUGAUGACGCAGAGAGCAUGAGUAUGUUUGACAUGAGAUGUGAAGAAGAAGCUGUGGCUCAGCCUCAUAGCAAAGCUCGCCACGAGAAGCUGCAGAAUAUACACAACCAGCUGAAAGAGGACGAGACAAGAUGGCAAGAUGACCUGGCUCGGUGGAAGAGUCGUCGAAGGAGUGCUUCACAGGAUUUGAUUAAAAAGGAGGCUGAGAGAAAGAAAAUGGAGAGGUUAUUGGCUGGAGAUGGAAUGAGUGAGCGCAGAAAAAGCAUCAAAACCUACCGAGAAAUCGUGGAGGAGAAAGAGAGAAGGGAGCGGGAGCUUCACGAGGCAUACAAGAAUGCAAAGACACAGGAGGAGGCUGAGAGCAUCCUCCAGCAGUACACUGAAAGAUUCACUAUCAGUGAAGCUGUCCUUGAGCGUCUGCAGAUGCCAAAAAUUCUGGAAAGAAGCCAUUCAGUGGAACCAAAUUCCCCACUGAAAGACCCAAAUCCUCUGAGAUAUUUAAGGCAACAGUCACUUCCUGCUCCAAAAUUCACUGCCACAAUUGAAGCAACCAUUGUUCCCACCACUGAACUAGAGCCCAGCAGUUCAACAGGACGCACAUCUCCCAGCAAAAGUGUCUCCAAGGCUGUGCCUAUGCUGACACCCAAGCCUUACUCACAACCCAAAAAUACACAGGAAGUUUUAAAGAACUUUAAGGUAGAUGGAAAAGUCAGCAUGAAUGGAGAAAAUGUCAACGGCAUGGAAGAAAAGGAUAAAGAAUGUACAACAGUAAUAUUUACUCCUUCACCAGCCAGAUCUCUGAAAUUUGAUGGAGUAGCCAGAGGGGACAAGCCCCCGGUAGAGUUGAAGAAGGACCCCCCAAGUGUUGAGCUCAGUUUACAGAGGCCUGCCACUCAGAGUGUGCACAAAGAGCCAACAGCCUCCCCAGUGGAACUGGAUGGAGCUGACAGCCUGCAAGCCGAGCCCAGCCCCAGCAGUGAGGCACCUGCCCCCCUGGAGUGCCCAUCCCCAGAUCAAAAGCAAUUCAAGUCAACUGCAGCUUGUGCCAGCCCUGUUGUGAAGAGAUUAGAAUUUCUUCCCAGUCCUGUCUCUUCAGAGGAAACUGCUUCAAGCAAGAAAGAUGUGAAGAUAGCUGAAACAGAGCAACAGAAGGAAGCAGCACUCCCUCCGACACAGGAGGUGAUUAAAGCAAAAGCUCUGGAAGAAAAGGGGAGUGUAGUGCUGCCAUUUUUAAAGAAACUACCUGAAACCAGCCAAGUUACUCUGCAUAACCCUGGUCUACAAGCUGAUUCUGAUGCUGGUGAUAAAUCAAAUCGUUUCAAUUUUUGGGCCUGGGAUCCAGAAGAAGAGCGAAAGCGCCAGGAAAGGUGGCAGCAUGAGCAAGAGCGCUUGCUUCAGGAGAAGUAUCAGAAGGAGCAGUGCAAGCUGAAGGAGGAAUGGGAAAAGGCCCAGAGAGAAGUUGAAGAGGAGGAGCGUAGAUACUAUGAGGAGGAGCGCAAGAUAAUUGAGGACACUGUAGUUCCAUUCAUUGUUUCUUCAAACUCUGCUGAGCUCCUCUCCUCUUCUUCCUCUACCACUGAAGGAAACAAGACUGUGAACUCAACUGAUUCAAACAGCUGUCCAGGGGAAGGCAAACAAAAAGAAGUUGCAAAGCAGAAAAAGCUGCUCUGGGAGCAGGACAGUAUGUCAUCUCUGAAAAGCAAGGAAAGUGAACUCUGGCAAGAAAAGAGGAGCGGAAAUAAAGUGCUCUCAGGGUACCCAGAGACUGGUGUCUUGAAAGGAGGAAGUGAACAGGAGCACCACUUGCCAGUGAUGGAGCGCAGCUCACCUGCCAGACUGAAUCUGCCACUGACUCAGGAUGAGAAUGUCUCCUGGAAUCAUCAGCUGCUGACAAAGCGAUCUCCGCAGUGCACCGAGGACGUUCGGCAGAGACCAUUCCUUGGCCAGACUGUGGGACAGCAACCAAACUCCACGGGGGAAGCAAGGAGGGUUGGGUAUCAUGAGAACUUCCGAUCUGGGCCGUCAUCCCCCUGCUCUCCUGCUGCUCUAAGUCAGUCACCCAACAGGUCUGUCAGUGGGAAGAAGCUUUGUUCUACCUGUGGUCUCCCUCUUGGAAAAGGAGCUGCCAUGAUUAUUGAAACACUCGGUCUUUAUUUCCAUAUUCAGUGCUUCAGGUGUGGUGUUUGCAAGGGACAGCUGGGAGAUGCAGCGAGUGGCACAGAUGUCAGGAUUAGAAAUGGUCUCCUUAACUGCAACGAUUGUUACAUCCGAUCCAGAACUGCUGGACAGCCAACUACAUUGUGACAUGACUUUCAGUCCUCGUAACUUUCAAGAAGGAACUCUCUUCUCAUAUGUAUCGGCUGCCUCCAGACAAUCACUUGUAAAAGCUUGAAUCCAUGGACAUGAUGGCUCUCAUCUCGUUUUUAAAAACUCACAAAAAAGCUGCACCUGCUCCUUUGAAAUGCAAUAUGUUGGUUUUUGCUUCCUUAAAAAAUUUGCAAAGUAUAUAUGCCCAUGUUUGGGAAGGCAAAGCCUAAGCACUAUGAAUAAAAACAAAACCACUUUCAGGUAUGCUUAUGA